UCCAAAGUUUCAUCUUCCGGGAAAACAAACGCAUCGUGGAGUUGAUUCAAAAUGGCAGGUGUUUGGGGCCCUUUCCUGUUUCACUAUGUGUGUUUUAUGGUACAUUUGAUUGGAGUAACGUACUAUAUGACAGAAAUUCACCUUCCAGUUCACCAAACCUACGGAGGAAGAUUCAAAUUCUUAACUUUUAUCAACAUGCUGUUACACUUUGGGUACUUCAACAUUGCCGCUGUCACAGAAUUUCACGAGAUCAUUAAGAAGCGAAAGAGCCACAUCUUCGCGUCCGUUUGCGACCACAUGUUUGCUUGCUUUGUGUUCCCGGUCGGAACGACAGUGAGCUUGUUAUUUUGGGGUCUUUACGCUGCCGAUCCAAACUCUUGUCAAACACCAGAAGAAGCGAAACAAAUUCCCGCGUUGCAUAAUCAUUACAUGCAUACAUUCCCUUUAGUGACAAUCUUGGAACUAUGUUUUAUUCGCCACGAAUACCCGACGAAGAAGAAAGCUAUGGUUUCUGUCGUAGGAUUUGCAGCUUGUUACAUUCUCUGGGUUCUGUGGAUAGCAUUUGCAGCAGAUAUUUGGGUGUAUCCAUUUUUAGAGAAGUUAGAUGCGCUCUCUAUUGCUGCAUUUUUCGCGUUUUCUGUUGGAGUCUUCAUAUUCAUUUACCACAUUGGAGAGUGGGUGGCUCAAUGGAGAUGGGGACAAGGUGUUUCAGUGGAAAAGAAAAAACUCUAAGUAAGCUGUAAUUAAAAACAUUGUAGGGAUGAAUUUUUAAUUGCGUUAUAAAAAAGACAUGGCGUGACACACUGUACCCAAAUUAAUUGAUAUUUCUUGGAAACGAGAAGAGGGAGCGGUUUUGGAUCAUAACAGCAACCUCUGACGGAUACCUUCUCCGCUCGAAAAUGAAAAGAAAUGCUAACACUAGAUAAAGGUCCUGUAAGUAGUUAUUGCAUUUAAUUGUCAGUACAAUUUAAGAGAAGUAAUUUUGCCAAAGAAAUGUUACAAAAAUAAAUACAUAGCAUAGAGACCAAGCCAUAGAAAGUCAUAGAUUUUACUAAUACAGGAAUCAUUGUAGCAUCUUAAAUAAAACACAGCACUUACAGUUGAAGUUCUCUUUCAAUAUGCCCCUGCUAAACAAUUAUGAGAGGCAGGAAGGCAUUUAAAUCUCAGUGGCUGUGGAGUGU